UCCCUCGGGGGGACGGGGACACCGCGGCGCCCGCAGGCCCUGCGUCAGCACCGCCGCGAGCUUCAAAACCCGGCGCCGUGGCGGCCGGGGAGGAAGUGGGAGCCGAGCCCGGCACCAUGUCGGAGCUCGAGCAGCUGCAGCAACGUGACAUCCCGGCGGGCCGGCAGGUCCUGCGCGACCACCACUGCAACCUCCUCAGGGUCGCCGAUUACUGCGAGAGCAACUACUUGCAGGCAAGCGACAAGCGGAAGGCACUGGAGGAGACGAUGGCGCUGAGCACGCAGUCCCUGGCCAGCGUGACGUACCAGGUCAGCAGCCUGGCCACCGCCUUCCUCCGGCUGCUGGACCUGCAGGCGGCCGAGCUGCGGAAGAUGGAGGCCGAUGUCAGCUGCGUGGCCCAGGUGGGACCGUCCUGCGGCCGGCGCGUGUCUCGCCGGGAGAGCGGCUUGUUGACCGUCAGCAAGAGGUUCCCGUCCUACCAGAAGAUCAUGCCCCCCCCCAGCCCCCCCUGCCUGGAGCCCUACUACAGGAAACCCCUCAACUUCAGCAUCCUGGACGACAUCGGCCACGGCAUAAAGGACCACAGCACCCAGCUGUCCCGCACGGGCACCCUGGCUCGGAAGGGGAUCAAGUCGGCGGCGCAGGCUGCAGGCACCCUGGGGAGAAGCACCCGUGUCCCCGAGCCCAUCCAGCCGCCCGUGGUUCCCGAGGGCAAGCUCUCCACGGCCUCCUCCACCUCCUCACUCGUAUCCGUCAGGGCCGGGCCAUCCCCAGCGCCUGCAGCUGACGUCCCACCGCCCCCGCCUCUGCCCGGGGACCUGCCCCCGCCACCGCCGGGGGACCUGGCCGUGCCCCCGCUGGACCUCCUGCCCCCAGCCCCCGAUGACCUCGAGCCGCCGCCACCACCAGCUUUGCUCGACUUUGAGGAUUUGGCCCCACUGCCGCUGCCACCGCCCGCCGCAGAGGACCCCCCCUGGGUCCCGGAGAGCUACCUGGAGAAAGUGGUGGCCCUCUACCCCUACACGCGGCAGAAGGACAACGAGCUCUCCUUCCAGCCCGGCGCCCUCCUCUUCGUCACGCGGCGGUACUCAGACGGCUGGUGCGAGGGCGUCAUGGGCGAGGAGGCGGGUUUCUUCCCCGGCAAUUACGUGGAGCCCUUCUGA